GUGGGGAAUGGGGCUCGGACGGGGGCCAUUUUGCCGAAGGCAUCCUGCGGGAGUCAGAAACAGCCUGGCGGCAGGCUGAAGCCAUUCCUUUUCCUUCUUUGCAGCUUGGGGCUUGGAGAGGAACAGAAAGGCCGGGCUCCUUCGAGCCCUCGGAGACGAUGGUGUCCUCCAGCCUCCGCCACCUGACGACGCUCUAUGGCGGCUGCUCUCUCCGCGCUACUCCUCUUGCCACCCCUUCCAACGCUCUGUGCUUACCGCCUCCAAAGCCCCGGCCGUCUUUCCUCCGCAGAGACUGAUAGUCCAGGUGGGGACACCAUGAGAGGCGAGAAAAACUGCUGCCGUGGAGCUUCUGGAGCUUCCUGCCCCCCGACACCUUCACCUCUGGCGCCUCUGUCCUCAACUCUCUUGAUGUCCGCGGAGGCAAUCUCCAGUAGUUGGUCCGGGUCUGGAGGUGGUUUGUCAGGGGGAGAUGAAGAGGAGACUCGGCUUCUUCAACUCCUUCGGACCGUGCCAGACCCUUCCGAGGCCUUCCAGUCUUUGCAGGCUGCUUUGCCGCGGCGGGGCGGCCGACUGGGCUUCCCCCGAAGGAAGGAAGCUUUGUAUCGAGCCCUGAGCCGAGUGCUUGUGGAAGGAGGUAGUGAUGAAAAGCGACUCAGCUUGCAACUCCUCUCAGACGUUCUCCGGGGUCAAGGGGAGGCAGGCCAACUGGAGGAAGCUUUUAGUUUAGCACUUCUGCCUCAGCUAGUUGUUUCUUUGCGAGAAGAGAAUCCAGCCUUGCGGAAAGAUGCGCUGCAGAUCCUGAACAUAUGUCUGAAACGUAGUUCUGAACAGGUGCUGAGAACGCUUAUACAGCAAGGACUGGAAAGUAGUGAUGCCCGACUUAGAGCUUCCACAGCACUACUAUUUCCUGUCUUGCUUACUCCUGAGGAUUUGUUGCCCGGCCUAGACCUUACCGAGGUGAUAAUAUCUCUAGCCCGCAAGCUUGGCGAUCAGGAAAUAGAAGAGGAAUCUGAGACAGCUUUCUCUGCACUUCAACAGAUUGGGGAGCGACUUGGCCAAGAGAAGUUUCAGUCCUAUAUCUCUCGCCUGCCGUCUGCUCUGAGGAGACAUUACAAUCGCCGCCUGGAGUCCCAGUUUGGGAGCCAGGUUCCUUAUUAUUUGGAACUUGAAGCCUCAAGAUUCCCUGAAGAUCCCCUUCCUUGUGCAGUGACUCUUUGCAACAGCAAUCUAAAAUUUGGAAUUAUUCCUCAGGAGCUGCAUUCAAGACUGUUAGAUCAAGAAGAUUAUAAGAACCGAACUCAGGCGGUUGAGGAACUAAAACAGGUGAUGGGACGAUUUGACCCUAGUUCUACCCCUCAUUCUAGUCUUGUUGGUUUCAUUAGCUUGCUGUACAAUUUGUUAGACGAUUCUAACUUCAGAGUAGUCCAUGGUACACUUCAGGUCCUGCAUGUACUGGUUAUUCGCCUUGGAGAGCAGGUGCAACAGUUUUUGGGACAAGUUAUAGCAGCUUCUGUCAAAGUGCUGGCAGACAACAAAUUGGUGAUCAAACAAGAAUACGUGAAAAUCUUCCUGAAGCUAAUGAAAGAAGUAGGUCCUCAACAAGUGCUUUGUUUACUCCUGGAACAUCUCAAACAUAAGCAUUCCAAAGUGAGAGAGGAGGUGGUGAACAUUUGCAUCUGCUCCCUCCUGACUUAUCCCAGUGAGGAUUUUGAUUUAUCCAAACUGUCUUUUGAUCUUGCCCCAGCUCUUGUAGAUAGCAAACGCAGGGUACGCCAAGCAGCUCUCGAAGCCUUUGCUGUGUUGGCAUCAUCCAUGGGCUCAGGUAAAACCAGCAUCCUUUUCAAAGCUGUAGAUACUGUUGAACUGCAGGAUAAUGGAGAUGGAGUGAUGAACGCUGUACAGGCCAGAUUGGCUAGGAAAACCCUCCCAAGGUUAACAGAACAGGGAUUUGUGGAAUAUGCAGUACUUAUGCCAUCAUCUGUCCAACGUAGGUCAAGUCAUUUGGCACAUGGAGCAGAUACAGACUGGCUUUUGGCUGGUAACAGGACUCAGAGUGCACACUGUCACUGUGGUGACCACGUGAGGGAUAGCAUGCAAACUUACGGAUCUUACAGUCCAACUGUUUGUACCCGAAGGGUUUUAAGCGCAGGAAAAGGAAAAAAUAAAUUACCAUGGGAAAAUGAGCAGCCUGGAGUCACGGGAGAAAGCCAGACCUCCAAUUCCAAGGAUAUAGAACAGUUUUCAGCAUAUGAUUUCAUCCCAUCUCCAAAAUUAAAGCCCUCUCAAGGAAUGACAGUCAAUGAUGAUUUAUGUUUUAGCAGAAAAAGAGUGUCAAGAAACUUAUUUCAGAAUUAUCGGGAUUUUAACCCAGAGUCUUUUCCAGUAUGUGCUGCUGGCACUGCUGGGACUUAUCAGACAAAUCUUUCUGGGAAAUGUACACAAGUUGGAUUUUCACAGAUAUGUGGUAAAACUGGCAGUGUGGACUCUGACAUGCAGUACCUGGGAACUACUAACAGUCAUCAGGAUAAAGUGUAUGCUAGCCUAAAUUUUGGCAGUAAGACACAGCAAACAUUUGGUGGUCAAACAGAACGUACUUCACCAUACUCUGGUAUAAAUCCAAGUCCAGGAGGCCUCAUUCUUCCAUCCUGUCCUCUCUCAUCACCUCGAACUAGUCCAAAGCACAUAUCUCUUACUGUAUCUCCAAAGAAGUCUCAAGAUAAUUCCAUUAAUUUCUCAAAUUCCUGGCCUCUUAAAAGCUUUGAAGAACUAUCUAAGCCAAGUCCACAGAAAAAGCUUGUUAGCCAAAAAUCGUCUGACCAUACAGGAGAAAAUUCUCAAGAAAAAUCGUCUCCAGUUCAACUAACACCUGCCUUGGUGAGAUCACCAUCUUCCAGACGAGGCCUAAAUGGGACCAGGCCUGUUCCUCCCAUACCAAGAGGAAUCAGCCUUUUGCCUGAUAAAGCUGAUUUAAGCACAGUGGGACCCAAAAAGAAAGAGCCUGAUGAUAUUUGGAAGAGUGAAAAAGAUAGUCUUAUAAUUGAUCUUUCAGAAUUAAACAUUAGGGAUGAAGAUUUGGAUCAAGAAGAGAUGCAGAACUCUCUUAGGUCCCUUCGUAAUAGUGCAGCUAAGAAAAGAGCCAAACUGAGUGGCAGUACUUCUGAUCUUGAAAGCCCUGAUUCUGCAAUGAAGCUUGACAUGACUAUGGACUCCCCAUGUCGAUCUUCAUCUCCAAACAUCAGCUCUUACAGUGAAAGUGGAGUUUACAGCCAAGAAUCAUUGACUUCUUCUCUGUCUACAACUCCCCAGGGGAAGAGAAUAAUGACAGAAAUAUUUCCAACAUUUGGAUCAAAACAUUGUCCAACAAGACUUUGUUCUGCAAAGAAUAAAAAUUCUCAGAUAGCUGAACAAAGCCUCAUUACAGGGAUUACAACAUCCAGUGUAAGCAUAAUCGGUCAGCGUAUGAACUAUGGGUUUGGAUGUGGUGAUUUUGAAGAUGAUAGGUCACAUGACAUUUCACCUAGUGUUUUAAAAAUACAAAAUAAGGAACGCCCAAGACAUUGUAAGCAUACAAAAGAAUUUACAGUGUCAUCAAAUUCACAGCAGAUUUCCAGUUUUGACUUCACAUCUACACAUACUUUAUCAGAAGACUCAGUAGUAGUUGUUGGAAAAGGUGUAUUUGGAAAUCCAAAUUCAUCACUGGCAGCUUCCUGCCAAUCAAUGAAAUCUUCUGUGGAAAAUGGGGAUACAUUUCCAAUUAAAGAAAGUAUUGAACCACCAUCAGGGAUAUAUGGAAAAGCAGUCACCCAGAGUAUUCCAUCAUUUGUUGAUGUUGAGAAUGAAAAAGAUAUUAAAGUUUCUAUUACAAAAUCUACUUAUGACAAGAUGAGACAGAGAAGAAAAGAGGAAAAAGAACCUCUUGACAUUAAAGAUUGUGAAAAUAAGGAACAGAAUCCCUGGGAACAAUUUAAACAUACAGACUUAAAUGUUUUUGGAGAUGAAGUGGGGAUAUCAAAAAAUGAGUGUUCCCUUUUAGCAAACAUUGCUUUCAGUCCUCCAUUGAAAGCAGGGACCAGUUUAAAAAGGUCAGCAUCUUUAGUUUUUUCAGAUUCAGGUGAAGCAUCUCCUGGAACCAUUUCACAGUAUAAAGAAAGGAUAUCUCCUGUCACUCAAAGUCCAGAGAUAAUGGACUCAUCAGAACUACGGCCAUUUUCCAAACCAGAAAUAGCACUGACAGAAGCUCUCAGACUUUUAGCUGAUAAGGAUUGGGAGAAGAAAAUUGAGGGAUUGAAUUUUAUUAGAUGCUUAGCUGCUUUUCAUUCUGAAAUAUUGAACACAAAGUUGCAUGAAACAAGUUUUGCAGUAGUUCAAGAGGUGAAAAAUUUACGCUCUGGAGUUUCUCGUGCUGCUGUGGUCUGUUUAAGUGAUCUUUUUACUUACCUGAAAAAGGGCAUGGAUCAAGAACUAGAUACUACAGUAAAAGUUUUGUUGCACAAGGCUGGAGAAUCAAAUACAUUUAUAAGAGAAGAUGUUGACAAAGCAUUGAGAGCUAUGGUCAAUAAUGUAACCCCUGCACGGGCAGUUGUUUCUCUUAUCAAUGGAGGACAAAGCCAUUUACACAUUGCAGUAAGAAAAUGUACAGCUCAGCACUUAUCAGAUAUAGUGGAAAUUAUGGAACCAGAGCGUAUUUUAUCUGGAACAAAGGAUAUGGCUGACCGUUUAUUACCAGCUGCUGCUAAGUUUGCUCAGGACAGUUCACAAGAAACCAGGUAUUAUGGUCGAAAGAUGCUCUUCCUCAUGAUGUGUUAUCCUAACUUUGAUAAAAUGCUUGAAAAGUAUGUCCUAUCCAAAGAUUUGCCGUAUAUUAAGGAAUCUGUUAAAAGCUUACGGCAAAAGGGUUUGGGAGAGAUACCGCUAGAUACUCCUUCAGCAAAAGGAAGACGAUCUCAUACCAGCAGUGUUGGAAAUACAAGGUCAUCAUCUGUUUCUAGAGAUAUUUUCAAUUCAACUGAAAGAGAGGUAACUGAAAUUCAUGAUGUCACCAGAAAAUCAGUCCCCCGAAAUUCCGUAGAAAGUGCUGAGUACAUUAAAGUCAUAACUAGUUUAUUAAAUGCAAAAGACUUUCGUGAUCGUAUUAAUGGAAUUAAACAGCUUUUAUCAGAUACUGAAAAUAAUCAAGAGCUUGUUGUUGGAAAUAUUGUGAAGAUCUUUGAUGCUUUUAAAUCUCGACUUCACGAUUCCAAUAGUAAAGUAAAUCUGGUGGCCCUAGAAACAAUGCACAAAAUGAUUCCUUUGCUUAGAGACAACUUAUCUCCUAUAAUCAACAUGCUAAUUCCAGCAAUAGUAGAUAAUAAUCUGAAUUCCAAGAAUCCAGGCAUCUAUGCUGCUGCCACAAAUGUUGUUCAGGCACUGAGUCAGCAUGUAGAUAACUAUUUACUCCUACAGCCAUUUUGCACAAAAGCUCAGUUUUUAAAUGGGAAGGCAAAACAGGAUAUGACUGAAAAACUUGCGGAUAUUGUUAUGGAACUUUAUCAAAGGAAGCCCCAUGCCACAGAACAGAAAGUGUUGGUUGUUUUAUGGCAUCUCUUAGGGAACAUGACAAACAGUGGCUCUCUGCCUGGAGCUGGAGGAAAUAUACGAACAGCCACAGCUAAAUUAUCAAAAGCACUUUUCUCACAGAUGGGUCAGAAUCUGUUAAAUCAGGCUGCAUCUCAACCAUCACAUAUCAAAAAGAGUUUAGAGGAAUUGCUCAAUAUGACAAUUUGAAAUGAACUAUGAAUAAUUAAAUACAGUAUGGUGAACAAAACUGUUUACAUGAUGACAAAUAGAACUUUUAUAAAGUUACAUUUUCAGUGCCUGCACUAUUCACCCUAUAAAUCAAAUCAAUAGCUAUUUUUAUUUGCAAGCUGAGUACACAUAUGUCCUAUAUCAACCCUACCACUUGAACCCAUCACAUAAAAACCUAAAUUUAAUGUAACCUAAUAUCCAUUAAAUCAGAGGCACAUGGAAUGAAUCCAAUUUUAAUAUUUUUGAGAAAAGUCCUCAUUUGCACUAUUCUAUAGAAACCGCAAUUUGUUGCCCUAUAUGUACAAUUAGAUUUGUAAUUAAAAAUAUACUUUUUAUUAUGUAAUCAUGUUCUGCUACGUCUGAUUACUCAGACUUAUUUUAUGAAUUGGAAGAAGAAUCACUAUGUUAUCAUAAACUGAUUCUGUGUGCUAUUCGUGGAAAACAUGUAUUUCUGAAAUCAGUCUGCUAUUAUGAUUGUGCAGUAUUAGCUUGCUUUUGCUGCUAUGUUAAUGUGCUAUAUUUCCUUACUAUUUGGGUUAAAUCAUCUACAUAAUUGUGAAAUUUAUCAAGUUAUAAUAAAGCAUGAUGACCAAAGUUUUCAAAAACAUUUAAAUAUUUUAAAUGCACAUUUAAGAAAAUGUGUUGAAUGUAAUUUCCCUGUUUUUGUGUGCAAACACUAAAUUUUAUUUCUGUAUGUCCUGACAUUUAUAAAGGUGUUAUUUUGCUGCCCAGUUGUGUAAUUCUCAAAAAUAGUGCCAGGUUUUCUAUAGUUUUUCUUAGAAUUAUUGAGUUAUAAGUACUGUAUGCAUCUUUAAAAAGAAAAGGAAAAUUAUAAAAUAAAAGGACUUAUUUGUGUA